GCGGCACAUCGUUCUGCACGAUAUAAUUGACAAUCGCGUUCAGCUGUGAUUGCAGUAAUUGUAACGACGCGGAUUUGUGCACAAUUAAAAGUCACAUUGCUUUAAUCAAGAUGUAUAAUAUAACAUCGAAAUUGUGUGACCUGUACAAGGCAUGUAGUCGCAAAAAAAUGGUGGAGUUCUCUCAGGACUCGAAAUUAGCCAAGAUUUUGUCAACUCUCGAUCUCACAGCUUUGGGAAUCGGCUCUACUCUAGGAGUAGGUGUAUAUGUCCUGGCAGGAAGCGUUGCAAAACUCAUCGCCGGUCCUGCCGUAAUCAUUUCGUUCGCUAUCGCUGCGAUAGCAUCAAUGUUAGCAGGUCUCUGUUACGCUGAAUUCGGUGCACGAGUGCCGCGUGCGGGAUCCGUGUACGUUUAUAGUUACGUUACAAUAGGUGAAUUCGUGGCAUUUCUCGUCGGCUGGACCAUGAUUCUGGUAUAUGUGCUUGGCGCGGCCAGCGUGGUACGUGGUCUGAGUACAUAUGUCGACGCGCUUUGCAACAAUGCCAUGAGAAAAGCCUUCGAAUCAGCAGCACCUAUAGAUGUCAGACACCUGUCCCCGUAUCCAGACUUCUUUGCAUUCGGUGUCACCUUGGUAUUCUCAGUCGCACUUGCUUUCGGAGCCAAGGAAUCCUCGCUGGCAAACAAUUUAUUCACUUUGGUAAACCUAUUUGUCGUACUCUUUGUUAUAAUCGGCGGCGCCUUUAAAGCUGAUAUUAAUAAUUGGAAAUUGGAGCCUUCGUGCACCGAGAAGAACUGCCCGUACGGAACCGGUGGAUUCAUGCCUUACGGCAUAAGAGGCGUCAUAAGCGGCGCGGCAACAUGCUUUUAUGGAUUCAUUGGGUUCGAUUGUGUGGCUAUUGCGGGAGAGGAGGCUAAGGAUCCAAAACGAUCCAUCCCUAUAGCAAUCGUUGCGUCGCUAAUGAUUGUUCUCUUCGCUUAUUUUGGUGUAUCAGUAAUACUUACCACCGUGCUACCAUAUUACGAACAAGAUAUUGGGGCACCAUUUCCGUAUAUGUUCGACAAGAUAGGAUGGAGCUGGGCUAAGUGGCUCGUAUCAGUCGGGGCGAUUUGCGGUCUCUGCUCUAGUUUGUUAGGCGCUAUGUUUCCGCUGCCGCGAGUGAUUUACGCCAUGGCUUCAGACGGACUGAUCUUUAAACAGAUGGGUAAAGUAAGUUCACGAUUCCAGACUCCAAUCAUCGGUACUCUUUUCGCUGGAUUCUUUACAGGCAUCCUAGCAGCGAUAUUUGAACUCGGGCCACUAACGAGCUUAAUGAGCAUAGGCACAUUAUUUGCGUAUCUGAUUGUAGCGUGUUGCGUUCUUAUUCUACGUUAUGAAGAAAGCGAAGCGUACGAGAAGAAAGGCGAUCACGAUCCCAGAACCUUCACAUUCAUCACGAAACAACUGGUAAACGCGAAUAAAUUAUAUCAUUCUACAAAACUCACGUCGCAGAUCGUUACGUCUCUCGUACUUUGUUAUAUUAUCCUUUGUUUCGGUGUCACGACUUUGUUAUCAAUGCAUAUGGAAGAGAUCAGCGCCGGUAAUGCAAACUACAUAAUACCACUCGUCAUUUUAACUGUUGCACUCUUGAGUACACUUUGCUUCAUUUAUUUUCAACCAGUUUCCGGCAAGAAACUCACAUUCUCGGUGCCGCUCGUGCCAUUUUUGCCAGCGUUAAGCAUCUUUAUUAACAUUUAUCUUAUGACGAUGUUGGAUAAACAAAUAUGGGAAAUAUUUGCCGAAUCAAUAACAAUUGGUUUGGCUCUGUAUUUCUUGUACGGCGUAUGGCAUAGUAAUAACCGAGAAAGGAAGUUAUCAUCGAAAUCUACUGACAAAGAAAAUGGCGAAAGGAAAAUUUCUAAUGGCAAAGCAUGGGGAAAUGGUGACGUUUCUCAUUACACGUGAUAAACUAAGAAAUUGUUAUAAUAAUGUGUAUUUAUUGCUCUAACAUUCUUGCGUUGUAUAGUUAAAUAUUUAAUACAUUUAUAAGUAAA